UCAGUACUGUAGUAUUCCGUACCUUACCCAUGAAACCGACAUCUGAGGCAAUCUUAAUUAUCAUUCACGCAAAGACCUUAUUACGAGGUAUUCGGAAGUACUGAUCAAUUGCAUACUCGGUAUAUUCACGAAAGAAAUACAUCAAAGUUGCUCGCCAUAGGGUCGCCUCCGAAUCCCUCUGCUGUACAAACAGUGUUGGUUAGUUGCUGGUUGCACAGCCCAACAGGAGCCAUUCUUAGAAAUCCCAGUUUGGCAUGAAGCUCGACGCGCUGCUGCAGCUUCUCGGCGAGGAAAUAUCAACCCCUGACGAAGAGACCUUUGACCUGUUCUCGCAGCAGUUGCCCUCCCAGAGCCUAGGCUUUGUCGACCCCAAGUCGACGACCCUCGAGCUGACAGUUGCAGGCCGCGACUUGACCAUCCACCAGUCGCCUGGCGUUCUGUCCUCGAACCGUGCCGGCGGCACAACCGGAGCCGUCGUCUGGAAGAUCACGCCGCUGCUCGCAGAAUGGAUCAGCAAUAGCAGCAACAUCCUGUUCUCGCACGGCAUCUUGUCGCCGCGGUCGCUGGUGCUGGAGCUCGGCUGCGGUAUCUCUGGGCUCGUUGGCCUGCUGCUGGCGCCGCGCAUAGCGCGCUACGUGCUGACCGACCAGCCGUACGUGGCGAGGUUUGUCGAGCAGAACAUUGCCGAGAACUACCACCACUCCCAAACCCGCUCGCAGGGGCGGCAGCAGCAGCAGCAGCAGCAGAAGAGGCCAAAAGGCGGCCAGAACAAGCAGAAGCAGAAGCAGCAGGCCGCCAAGCUCACAUCCACCCCCGUGAGGGAGUCCUCCGGCGGUGAUGGCAGCGGCGGUCUGAUUCACUUCACACCGCUAGACUGGGAGACGGACGAGGUGACACGGGCCUUGACCGGAGCAGCAGCAGCAGCAGCAGCAGCAGUAAAUGACACCGCGGCGGCGGCGAGCUUCGACGCCGUGGUAGCCUGUGACUGCAUCUACAACCUCCCGCUGAUCGAGCCGUUUGUGGCGACGUGCGCCGAUGCCUGCCGGCUCCGAGACGCCGAGGCCGAGGACGGGGAGGCAGAGAACUCCCACAACAGUCCUCCUACCGUGUGCAUCGUGGCCCAGCAGCUGCGAGACCCCAUCGUGUUCGAGGCCUGGCUGGCGUCGUUCGUCAAGCCGUUCCGCGCCUGGCGCGUCCCCGACGCCAUGCUGCCGGACAGCUUGCGGUCCCACUCGGGCUUUGUCGUGCACGUGGGCGUCCUGAGGGAGGAGGCGUGAUAGAUAUUGCACACGGUGAGGGCGUUGUAGAUACUAUGCAUACAUUCUAGUCAGUCCCAGCACUACGGUUUUAUCUACGUACUGUGGUUUAGGAGAUGAGGGAAAAAUAGAAUAUAAAUAUUGGAAUUGGUAUGUCA